GAAAGAGUAGAGAGAUGAAUCUGCAGGGAGGAGGAGAUGGAAGAGGAAAUGGAGGUUUCCAUAGCUACCGAACCCGCCUCCCUCACCCAACCUCCGACAUGAGAGCGCCAGCUGUCGAGAUGAACCACGGCGGCUCCGGCAACAACUCUCUGUUUCCCGACGACGGAGAAUGCACCGUCCGGGAGCAGGACCGGUUCAUGCCGAUCGCGAACGUGAUCAGAAUCAUGCGCAAGAUCCUCCCGCAGCACGCGAAGAUAUCGGACGACGCGAAGGAGACGAUCCAGGAGUGCGUGUCGGAGUACAUCAGCUUCAUCACCGGCGAGGCCAACGAGCGGUGCCAGCGGGAGCAGCGCAAGACCAUCACCGCCGAGGACGUCCUGUGGGCCAUGAGCAAGCUCGGCUUCGACGACUACAUCGAGCCGCUCACCCUCUACCUCCAGCGCUACCGCGACUACGACGGCGGCGAGCGCGGCUCGCUCCGGGGGGACCCGCUCCAGGUCAUGAAGCGGGGCAUGGUCGACUCGGCGGCCGCCGCCGGCUUCCAGCCGUUCUUGCAGCCUCCGCCGUACCCGUUGCCGGGGCACCACCAUGCUUCCUACUUCGGGUUUCCGGCGCCGCCGGUGAAUGGGUACCUGCACAGGGAUGGUGAAGCAAAUGGCGCCGCCUCUUCCCUGGCUGGCGGCGCAGCCACUGUUGAGCCGCCGCCCUGACCUCAUCAGUGCAUGCAAGGAGUAGCCAGCCCGUUCAAAGAUGAAGGUCAAAGCCCAACUGUCUGUCAAAAACUCUAAAAACAAUUAAGUAGCUGGUAAUUAGGAUUUUUUUUUUUUAACUCCGUCGUCUAGCUAGUCUCUGUUUUAGUUCAAAAAAAUGCAAGGACAGUUGAUGCAUUAUAGCAGCUCCCAUUUCUAAUUAGGACUUGAAAACUUGUUUUCCCCUGAUUAAAUAAAUUAAGUGCGUAAUUUAGAUUGAGAA